AUGAGAGCAAGAGGAGAUCCUGCUGAGGAAAUCCUAUGCAUGACAGGGUUCUCAUUAUCAACACUCUAUCGCACUCAGUGUCAUUUCCAACUCACUGGAGAUGUUGCAAAGGAACAAGCUCUCAGUUGUGGGCAUCCUCAAAAGCUUCUUGCUGCAGAUAUAGCAUACCUUCUCUCUCUAGCCCAGCACAAUCCUUCAAAAUUCCUCAAUGAAUAUCAAGAACGUCUUCAAUGCUAUUGCAACAUCACUGUCUGUCUUACUACCAUCCACCAUGCAUUUGAAGAUGCUAGCUAUAGUGUCAAAAAAAUCACAAAGAUGGUGAAGGAAAAGUGUCCUGACAAAUGUGCUAGCUUCAUACAACGCAUCACCAAGUAUCCAGCUUCAUAUCUUGUGGCAAUGGAUGAGGCAUCAAAGGAUGACUGCACAUAUUCUCGGAUGUGA